UGUCCUGCAGCGGUGUUCACCGAGGUCCCUCAUGACAUCACGGCGCAGAGCGGGCAGGACGUGGAGAUGGCCUGCUCCUUCAGAGGUGCCGGAUCGCCCUCCUACUCGCUGGAGAUUCAGUGGUGGUACAUCAGGAACCACAGAGAAUGGACCGACAAGCAGACGUGGAGCACCAAUCAGGUGGUGCAGCAGAAUGAGAUGUCAAAGGAUGCCACCAAAAUCAGUGUAAGUGUGUGACGUUUGUCGUUUCCUCCUCAUUUCCUUC